AUGCUAGCUGCAAAUCAAGAAGCCUCACCUGGAACACAAGGGAACAUGCAGAUAUCGUGGUGCAAAGUCGAAGCAACGGUGUCGGACCCGAAAGACAUCAAUGCAUUCUCUGAUACGGACGUCCAAGCUCCCAAGGAAACACCGCCAUUAACCGUGAUGAGUCUCAGCCUCAACACCAUUGUCAAUCACAAGGAGAACGACCGCGAGAUUGUGUGCCACGGCAAGGAUCUGGUCGAACUGUGCGUUCACGGAUCUGUCAGCACAUUCAUACUAAAAAGUAUCCUGUAUGUAGUGCAAAUUGACGAUCCUACGCCUCCAGAGGCUCUUCCGUGUUCUGUACAUACGUUUGUUCCACCUUUGGACCGCUUCCCGCCAAACUUCGAAGUACGCGCUGGACGCAAUGGCAAAGGAGUCAUUUCUCCCAUGAAGAACGAGUGGAUGCUGCUGAACAGGUUGCUUGUGACAAUUCACAAAGCAGACCCUGAUGUCAUUGUUGGGCAUGAGUUCCCUGGGGUCGCUCUGGACGUCUUUCUCCACCGUAUGAAAGAAUUGCAAGCAGACCAUUGGUCACGAAUCGGCCGGUUCAGGCGAUCGAGAUGGCCGAAUAUCGGUAGGCAAGGGAGCAACCUGCGAUUCAUCAAUGGGAGGUUGGUCUGCGAUCUUGCUAGUGAUGGUGCGAAGGGCAUGAUCUCGUCCACAACGUGGUCGCUCACCGAAAUGUGCAAGACUCAUCUCAAGAGUGAGAGGCAGGAUAUUGACCCCGAUGAUACUGCCAGCUACUUCGACAGCGGCGUCAGUUCGCCGGACAGGCUUCUUACUUUCGUCCGGCAUUGUGAACUAGAUGCUUACUACCAGAUGGUGCUGGCGGCCAAGGUCCAGAUGCUUCGUUUGACGAGGCAACUGACGAAUUUGGCUGGAAACUCAUGGAACAAGACGCUCAACGGUGGACGUGCUGAGAGAAACGAGUACAUCUUGUUGCACGAAUUCCAUCGCUUGAAGUACAUCUGUCCUGACAAGUCGUACGGCAAGAAGGCUGCCACUGCUGAGAAGAUCGAGGCACAGGAUAAUAAUGCAGAAGGAGGCAAAGCGACCAAAGGCAAGCGGGAUAAGUCUUCGAACCCAAGCGUGGAUUUGGGAUAUCAAACAGAUGGCAUUGAAGCUUACAGCGAACAGUACGUGCGGUUGUCUGGGAUUCGAGUACUCCAGGUUCUACGCCCGCCCCUCGCUGCCCUCACGACGUUCAAGGGUCGCGAGAUUCUGACGCAUACCCGUGAACUAGCAGAGAGUCUCCAGCUUGAGAUGCGUGGGGUCGAAGUUGUACUUGAAGGCUCUUCUGAUUACGUUCGCAGGUUGUCUAUGGAGACACGGACUCGAGUUCAAAAAGCGGUCAAUGAUCGCUACAAACUCUUGGAGAUUGACCUCGAUGGUAUCUUCCAACGUUUGCACCUGUUACAAGAGAAGAGGUAUGUGGCCAUCAAGGUCGAAGAUGGUGGACGACCAUCCACAGAGGUGAAGGGGUUGGACAUGAAGCGCAGAGGGUAUUGUGCGUUAUCUAAGGCGGUGUCUCAAUACGUACCAGACCAGAUUCUGUCGGGAGAGGCGACCGAAACUGUCGUUGAACGGAUACACGAGUAUCUCACAACUAUGGGCGAGGAUAUUCGCGCAGGCAAGAUCAAGUUGGACGAGUUCAUCAUCCCAGAGGACCACCCUAAUGCUAAGAGCCAGCCACAUGUCUAA